GUAGUCAAAGGUUGCACUCACUACGCCUGCGCCUUAUCAGCCCUGCCCUCAGCCUCAGUCCCGGGAAAGGCUUCCUUCCCACGCAGCUGUUUUGGCCCUUCUGGUUACCAGAGCUUUGCCUCUUUAGGCUGGUUGGCCUCUCCUCCAUGGUUCGGCCUGUUUGCCGUGUUUUGGGAGCCAGCCGGUGAAGCCGAGCCGGACUCGGACGCUGCAUCCUCGAGUCAGUCACCGGUGGCCAGGCGGCCGGAGGCCUAUGGCACGGCGACGUUGAGGCGCGGGCGGUGGCCGGGUCCCGCGGGCCGCCAUGGCGGGCCAGUUCCGUAGCUACGUGUGGGACCCGUUGCUGAUCCUGUCGCAGAUCGUCCUCAUGCAAACCGUCUAUUACGGCUCGCUGGGUUUGUGGCUGGCGCUGGUGGAUGCUCUAGUGCGCAGCAGCCCCUCGCUGGACCAGAUGUUCGACGCCGAGAUCCUGGGCUUUUCCACCCCUCCAGGCCGGCUCUCCAUGAUGUCCUUCAUCCUCAACGCCCUCACCUGUGCCCUGGGCUUGCUGUACUUCAUCCGGCGAGGGAAGCAGUGUCUGGAUUUCACUGUUACUGUCCAUUUCUUUCACCUCCUGGGCUGCUGGUUCUAUAGCUCCCGUUUUCCCUCAGCGUUGACCUGGUGGCUGGUCCAAGCCGUGUGCAUUGCACUCAUGGCUGUCAUCGGGGAGUACCUGUGUAUGCGGACGGAACUCAAGGAGAUCCCCCUCAACUCGGCUCCUAAAUCCAGUGUCUAGAAUUGGGCCCUGUGGACACUCAGCUGGCACUUGAGACCCCCAGUACCUUGGGCUGCUCAGACUUUCCAGAUGAGGUCCAGCCCCGGUCUGAGAGGAACCCUGGAAAUACGAAGUCUCUGUUGAUGGAGAGAUAGCAAGGCCCUGUCAAGAAGGCAGGCAGCAGUCAGGAUCACAGCUGCAAGCAUGGCCUCUGUCUCUGAAGCCUUGGUCUGGAAAGGGACCUCUCUGAGAAUACCAACACAUUCGGAAUGAUGUCACCCUUGAGCCAUCAUUCCUAUCACCAGCCCGUUACUUUUUCAGAAAGAAAAAGAAUCAAGGAUAUCUGAUGGGAGCAAACCACUGUUCUAGUCAUCUGCUUUACUCCCUUGCCACAGCUGUUACCUUUGCCGCCUUGCUGAACUACAGUGAUUCUGUUUCGAGAAAAACUUGAUUUCCAGAUCCUUGGUCACAGAAAGAAAUGUCGGUGCAAAGUACUAGGGUGCUGUCAGGGAGAGGAUGGCAGAUGGAGACAUCAAUUACAAGGAUGACAGACAACCCGUGCCCUGUUACACACUUGCAUGUGUGCACCUGAGAAUCCAUGAGUAACUUCUAUCCAGUCCCUCUGCUGGGUCCCCGUCAUGCUGCCAGCUCACAACAAAGGCCGUAAAACCCAGAGAAGAUCCCCAGAGUGACUUCCGUCCAAACAGAAUCACUGCCUGUUUCCUAGGAAACAGGCUCUCACUGGACCUCAGUUCCGGAAGGAGUUCCUUUUUCCUGACCUAUUUGGAAUUCUCUGGAGGGAGGGUCUGAUGAGUGUCCAGAGAUAAGAAGCUCAACUUUCCAGCUUGGGCUGUGCUGGGAGAGAUACGAAUUUGCUGUUAAGUUUUUUCUUUGGGGUAGAAUUGCCUCUGUGAGGGCCUUGCAGCUGUCCUUCCUAUAUACAUAAAUACAGUAUUUUCCACAGUU